AAAGGGAGAGGAGUGGAGGGGAGGGGGGGGAAAAUACACAGUGCCUUUGAGUGUCAUCCAUAUUGUAAAAUAUUCUUUCGUGGGGUCACUCGAAGAGUAGCUUGUGACUUUGAGCUCUGGGGUAACAAAUAUUCUCUGUGCUUGACAAUCCCACUGACAGUGAUGUUCAGAGCAGUGACUGGGCCGUCUUCCUUCCUUAGCCCUGGGGCAGCUGGUCUCCUGGAGGAGCCAGUUCCAUUCAAAUGGAUUGUAACCACCCAGAUCAUUCAGCAGCCAAACCAAGUCAUCCACCAACGGGAAGUUCCCACAUGGGGGGUACUUACCCCUUCCAGACCCUUUGUGAGGAAAGCAAGAUUUCCUCCAUGUGACAGGAAUCAAUUUUCUACUUGUUAGGCCUUGUGAUGGGUAAGAUGGGAAGUUUGGGGGAACUGGAGAGGAGAUGGCAGCUUUAACUGAGAAAAAACACUCAGUAGAAACUAUCCCUUCUGCCUUCUUCGGGCGUGUCCUCCUUCUGGGCAUCUCUUCAGGAUUUCAUUCCUCCGUCCAACUGCCGUUCACAACUGCCCUUUCCAACUGCUCCAGAACUCUUGGCCCUGGCAUUCCAUGAUGUAAAUUAUUCCACGCAUGGCUCGAAAUGGGUGCGAAGCAGUGUUGCCAGGUGUCGGAUCACUAGUUUGUCAUGGAUGAUGAUGAUGACUCGUGUCUCCUUGAUCUUAUUGGAGACCCACAAGCACUGAACUAUUUUCUACAUGGACCUAGUAAUAAAUCUAGCAACGAUGACUUGACUAAUGCAGGAUAUUCUGCAGCCAAUUCAAAUUCAAUUUUCGCCAACUCUAGUAAUGCUGAUCCUAAGUCAUCCCUCAAAGUGGUAAGCAACCAACUUGGAGAAGGGCCAAGUGAUGGACUGCCACUUUCAAGUAGCCUUCAGUUUCUUGAAGAUGAACUUGAGUCUUCUCCUCUCCCUGAUCUCAGUGAGGACCAACCUUUUGACAUUCUUCAGAAAUCCUUGCAGGAGGCCAAUAUCACUGAACAGACUUUGGCAGAAGAGGCAUAUUUGGAUGCCAGUAUAGGUUCAAGCCAACAGUUUGCACAAGCUCAGCUUCAUCCUUCUUCAUCAGCAUCCUUUACUCAGGCUUCUAAUGUUUCUAAUUACUCAGGUCAGACGCUUCAACCUAUAGGGGUGACUCACGUGCCUGUUGGAACAUCGUUUGCGAGCAAUACAGUGGGUGUACAACAUGGCUUCAUGCAACAUGUGGGGAUCAGUGUUCCCAGCCAGCAUUUGUCUAACAGCAGUCAGAUUAGUGGUUCUAGUCAAAUACAACUAAUCGGAUCAUUUGGUAAUCAACCGUCCAUGAUGACUAUUAAUAACCUCGAUGGAUCUCAAAUAAUAUUAAAGGGCAGCGGGCAGCAAACCCCAUCAAAUGUGAGUGGGGGACUUCUGGUUCAUAGACAGACUCCUAAUGGCAACUCGUUGUUUGGGAACUCCAGCUCCAGCCCAGUAGCACAGCCUGUUACCGUUCCAUUUAACAGCACAAAUUUUCAAACAUCUUUACCUGUGCAUAACAUCAUCAUACAAAGGGGUCUUGCACCAAAUUCAAAUAAAGUCCCGAUUAACAUCCAGCCAAAGCCUAUCCAGAUGGGUCAGCAGAAUACAUAUAAUGUGAACAAUCUGGGAAUACAGCAGCACCAUGUUCAACAAGGGAUCUCUUUUGCCUCUGCAAGCUCACCCCAGGGCUCGGUAGUUGGUCCACACAUGUCUGUGAACAUUGUCAACCAACAGAACACAAGAAAGCCAGUCACCUCACAGGCGGUGAGCAAUGCUGGGGGUAGUAUCGUAAUUCAUUCUCCCAUGGGCCAGCCCCACACACCCCAAAGUCAAUUCCUCAUACCUACAAGCCUUUCGGUCAGUUCUAACUCGGUACACCACGUCCAGACCAUAAAUGGGCAACUUCUUCAGACUCAACCCUCUCAGCUCAUUUCUGGCCAGGUGGCCUCAGAGCAUGUCAUGUUGAACAGAAACUCUUCCAGCAUGCUCAGGACCAACCAACCAUAUUCUGGACAGAUGCUUAACAACCAGAAUACUGCCGUCCAGUUAGUGUCUGGGCAGACAUUCACUGCCUCUGGAAGCCCAGUGAUAGUCAAUCAUGCCUCUCCUCAGAUUGUUAGUGGACAGAUGCCCAUGCAGCAGGCAUCACCAACUGUAUUACACCUGUCACCUGGGCAGAGUGGUGUCUCCCAAGGAAGACCUGGCUUCACCUCCAUGCCCCCGGUGACAAACAUGUCAGGACCUAGUCGGUUCCCUGUUGUCAGCUCAUCCAGCACUGCCCAUCCUAGCCUUGGGUCUGCGGUUCAGUCUGGUGCAUCAGGAUCAAACUUUACGGGAGAUCAGCUGACCCAGCCAAACAGGACUCCAGUACCAGUCAGUGUGUCUCAUCGUCUUCCAGUUUCUUCUUCCAAAUCUACCAGCACCUUCAGUAACACCCCCGGAGCAGGAACCCAGCAACAAUUCUUCUGUCAGGCUCAGAAAAAAAAUUUGAAUCAGACUUCCCCCGUUUCUGCUCCCAAGACCACAGAUGGCCUGAGGCAAGCACAGAUCCCUGGCCUCUUGAGUACCACGCUGCCAGGGCAAGAUUCCGGAAGCAAAGUUCUACCGGCAUCCUUAGGAACCUCACAGCCACAGCAAGAAAAAGUAGUUGGAUCAUCUCCUGGCCGGCCGACUGUGCAGGUGGACAGUCAUUCAGGAGGACAGAAAAGGCCAGCUGCAAAACAGCUAACUAAAGGAGCUUUCAUUCUCCAGCAGUUACAGAGGGACCAAGCCCAUGCUGUGACACCAGAUAAAAGUCAGUUCCGAUCACUAAGUGAUGCGGUACAGAGGCUGCUCUCCUACCACGUGUGCCAGGGCUCCAUGCCCACUGAGGAGGACUUGAAGAAAGUGGACAAUGAAUUUGAAACAGUUGCCACUCAGCUCCUGAAAAGGACCCAAGCUAUGCUUAACAAGUACAGAUGCCUGCUGCUGGAAGAUGCCAUGCGGAUCAAUCCCUCUGCAGAGAUGGUGAUGAUCGACAGGAUGUUCAACCAGGAGGAGAGAGCUUCUCUGUCCCGGGACAAGCGUCUAGCACUUGUGGACCCUGAGGGUUUUCAGGCUGAUUUCUGUUGUUCCAUCAAACUUGAUAAAGCUGCUCAUGAGACACAGUUUGGCAGGAGUGACCAGCCCGGCAGUAAAACAACCAGCUCCCUACAUCUGACCGCCAAGGCCCAAAGCAGAGACCGAGCCAAACCAGGCAUGACCGAACCAACGAAUCAUGACCAAUUCCAUCCAGUGCCUAAUCACAUCGUGGUCUCCGCGGAAGGAAACAUUUCUAAAAAAACAGAAUGCCUCGGCAGAGCACCGAAAUUUGACAAAGUGGGCUUAGUUCAUUACCGGAACGCGUCUGAAGAGAAAACCAGCCGGAGAGACUCCAUGAAGGCCAGCGAGUGCUCUCCCGGCCCUGAAGGCCACCGGAAAACCUCGUCCAGACCAGAUCACGGUACUGAGAGCAAACUCUCAAGUAUCCUAGCCGAUUCUCACUUGGAGCUGACGUGUAACAAUUCCUUCCAGGACAAAACUCUGAGGAAUUCUCCAAAGAAUGAAGUUUUACACACAGACAUCAUGAAAGGGUCGGGCGAGCCCCAGCCUGAUCUCCAGCUCACUAAGAGUUUAGAAACGACCUUUAAGAACAUCUUAGAACUCAAAAAGGCUGGGCGGCAGCCCCAGAGUGACCCCACGGUUAGUGGCUCUGUCGAGUUAGAUUUCCCCAACUUUUCUCCAAUGGCUUCGCAGGAAAACUGCCUGGAAAAGUUCAUCCCGGACCACAGUGAAGGCGUUGUAGAAACUGACUCCAUUUUAGAAGCAGCUGUAAAUAGUAUCCUAGAGUGUUAAUAGCAGCAGUCCUUUCCCCACCCCCACCCCAGCGACCCCACCCGGACAAGUUACAUUCUUUCCUGUCAAAAGCAAAUGGAAUCGUCUCCUGUCUCCAGCCUGCUUGAUCUUUCAUCACAGGUUAUUCUUUCUAAUCUCAAUCCCAUUCUUUGUUUAAGAGCAAUACUCGUUCCGUCGUGGUUACAGGGAGCCUUGAGUAAAAUUAAUUCUUACUAGAAAGCAGUCUGAUAGGCCCUACACAUUUCAAGUGUUUAUGAAAGCGCUUAUAGUCAUUUCUGUUUGUUUGCUUAUUGGUUUCUUUUUCUUUUCUUUUUGCUUUUUUGAAGAACACCGUAACUCAAUGAGAUCACAGUACGCUUGGCCCUGGGUAAAAUUCUGACAAUCAUAAGUCAUGAGAACAGACUUAUUACAGAAAAUCAAACAGGACUGAUAGAAGCAACUCUGUAGAGAACAACCCACUGCAUCUCCAAAUGGUGGCUUUUGGGUUAUUUUUGUUGUUGUUGGAGGAGAGACCAGGUGAUUCUCCCUGCUCAACCAUCUCUGAACGGUAGUUGCUGGCUGCUCUGCCUGGGACUCCAUAGCCCUGGUGAGAGCAGCCCGCAGCGCAUAAGCAAGGCAUUUGAAGGGCUUCCUGUUCAUCCUUCAAGUGCUUUUCCAAGGUUCCCAGAGCAAAACCUCAUGCUUUUCAGCCUUUUUGUGUUGAAUUUCAUCUAGGGAAUGCUCAGCUCUUAGUUGCAACAGCACGACUCGAGACAAUUCCUGGUGGAAUUGGGAAAAUGGAAAUCAGUUAAGUGGCACAGUGUACAGGGGAGGCCGGGACAGAGCCGUGAGGAAUAUAAUAUGUAUAUAUGUAAAAGCAUAUAUAUGUUAACUAUUGAGAAAAAAAUAAGAGUUUUGCAUUUUAUAAUUGGAUAUAGUCAACAUAUGAUAUAUAUUUUUGUUUGUUGCUGGCUUUUAUUUCAUUUAAGCUCUCUUUGCACCCUCUCCCACAACAAAUAGCCGAGCAUCAAAAGCACUUUCAUUUGAAAACUGUGUUGCAAUUUUUCAGUUUAAACUGUAAGGGACUUUGGCCUUGUUUAUGCUUCUUGUUGUCUGAGAACAGUAGUCACCCCCGGCCGCCAUCACUACCAAAACACAGACAAACCAAAGUAACCUGCCAGCCCACCACCGAGAGGAGAAAUCUGAGACCCAGGAUUCCCGCUUGAGAGCGAGCCAAAGGAUAUGCCCUGUCACGGUCUGUGUUUGGCCUGUGUUCAUGCUAGUGAACAUGACGUUGCUUUAUUUAUUUAUAUUUCUUUUCAGGGAGUUUCACCCAGUCCCCUUUCUUGUAUCCCUGUCCCUGGUCACCCCAUUUCUGUCGUUACUUUAAUUCUCAGUGUCACUGUAACCAUCAGUUAUCUCUUACCAUUGGCAAAGCUACAUGACAGUAUUUGCUCUGCACUCUCAUACACACAUGCAUGCACGUCCCUGAGCUCUUCAGAUCCAGAGGUCAUUCCGGUUUCUGUGUAUACACAUUCACCCUCCCUCGUGUGUGCAUGCACACGCUCAUUUGUUCUGUUACCCUCUCGCUUUGGAGGUGCACCCCCUGGUCUCCACUCUAACCCCUUGCCAGAAUCUGCUUUUGACCAUCCCCAGGAUGGGGAUGACCCUCUUCCCCUUGCCAUUAUCAUCAUGUAGGGCAUUUCUUUUCCAGAUUGGCCUGUGAUGGAAAGGAAAGCUUUUGAUUAUUAGGGAAAAAAAAAUAGCAGCAGAAGACCUAUACUCUCCCUGCCCCUUGUCCCCACCAUGCAAAGAAACCCCACAAGACAGCCAGUCUUAGAAAAGCAAAGGACCUUCUCCCCACCCCACCACCCGCCAAUAGAAAUUGGAAAAUCUGGGCCAUUUUAGGGUUACCAUUUUUUCCUCAUUUGUGCCAAUGUCCAAGUUGCAGAUUCCCCAUUUUUCCUGUAUUGUAACAUAUUAGAAAGAUAAGUUGAUAGUGCCAGUUGGAACUUUGUUUGGGCAGCCCUGGAAUAACACCCUGCCCCAAAACCCAUGACUUUAUAGCCUCUUCUUCUCUUCGGGUUCAUGCCCCCAUAAACUCCUAGCAAGAUUUAGAGAUGGUCCCUCCUGAUCAAAUUCUUCUCAUUGUGGAACUUUAUACCUGGAAGCCUUCACGGAGGCUACUAAUAAGUUACAUUAAUUACUGCAAAUCAGUGGAAUUUUUAAGAGUCAAGAUCACUUCAUGUAGAUCCCUAUCCUGCCCUGCUACCCCAAUCCUUGCUUUUAUAUGCCAUCUUAAAGGUUUUAAAGCCCAAACACUUGUCUAGGAGGUAGAGAGCCUAAUUUACCAAAAUGAAACUUGUAAAUUUUUGUGCCCUUGUAUGUAAGUUUGCUUUUUAUGGGGAGAUUCUAGAUAAUGACAAAUGAAGAUUACGAAAUGUAUUUUACUCCUGUGAUUAGGUUAAGCGCACACGGGUAGGUCAUAUCUCGCAUGUCGAGCCCCCGCGGGUGAAGGGUAAGAGAGCUCGGCCUUGGAUGGUCAACAUUCAGUUGUUCAGGUCGGUUAGUCAAAGUUAAGUUUACUUGUACACAGUGACAAAAAUCAUUUUUCUCUUUUGCUUUCUUGGUUGUUGUGGAAAAGCGUGAAUUUGUUAUUAAGCAUUUGAUUUUCGGUGUCCUUAACUACUGCAAAAGAUAAAGCAAAUUUUAAACUGGUGAUUACGAAAAAAAAAACUAUUUUAGCUCUGAAGAAUUUAGUAGACUUUGUUAGAUUAGGGAGGCCUUACAGACUGACUCAACUUAAGAUGCGUCACUCACUGUCAGUGUGGUGUGGGCUUUAUUUGCUUAAAAACCUUCAUUUGUAUAGUAUGUCUUCACUUGAAAUUGCUUUGUAUACAUUUUGUAAAAAUAUUUAUAAAAUGUUUUGUAAAAAAAAGUAUAACAAAUUGCAGUUUAUUUUGUUAUGUUGGAUAAAUACUGUUAAAAGAAACCAGUCAGUAACUAUAUUGUUAAUCCAUGGUUAGGAAAUGUUUAGUUGGAGAUUACAAAAUGAAACAACCAUUGCAAUACAGCCAAAGAUUUGGGAAAAUG